AGAGUGCAGGCGCAACCACGCAGCUCACCUCGGCCGUCAUAUCGUUGAUGGGUGCGGCGGCUUCUUGAAGAAUGGCAACAACGGAACACCAGAAGCUUUACUUUGCGCCGUCUGCGGCUGUCACCGAAACUUUCAUCGCAAGGAGGAGCUGCCACUCCGCCGCCGCCAAGCCGUUAGGCUCUACUUCUUCCAUCACCUUGCUGUCGCUGCAGCAGCCGCUGCACCACCACCACCACCCCAUUAUGGCGGACCGAUCGUUGUAAGAUCUGAGGAGCUUGGAGAUGGGGAGAUUGAGGACUGA